AUGGUACGUGGACUUCCUCAACUCUUUGCCUCAAGUGUGACAUGCACCGAUUGCAUCAACGGGAAGCAACACCGUGACCCUAUUCCAAAGAAGAGUACUUGGAGAGCAACUCAGAAGUUGGAACUUAUUCAUGCAGAUAUUUGUGGUCCAAUCACUCCUACAUCUAAUAGCAACAAGAGUAGAAAAGCAUGGGUGUAUUUCUUGGUAGAGAAGUCAAAGGCUUUUAAUUAUUUUAAAUGCUUUAAGACUAUGGUUGAAAAGGAAACAGGGUUAUUUGUUAAGUGUCUUCGCACUGAUAGAGGAGGAGAAUUCAAUUCAAAUGAGUUCAAUGAUUUUUGCAAACAAAGUGGGAUCAAGAGGCAGUUGACCACCGCUUAUACUCCGCAACAGAACGGUGUAGCUGAAAGAAAAAUAGAACCGUGA